AUGUUAGACGCUAAUCAAGCAAAGAUCAAAAGGUUAAUCGAGAAAGGCUACAGUGUGUAUAUCACAGGAAAAGGAGGCUGUGGAAAGUCCCUUUUUAUUACAUCUAUAAUCGAGGAAUUAAGGGCGAAAGAUAUUUGUUGUUUUGUAACAGCGCCAACAGGGAAAGCGGCCAACAAUAUCGGCGGUGUAACAAUCCAUUCAUUUGCUGGGAUCGGGACAGGUUCGAAGGGAGCUCAUGAACUGAUUUCUAGCAUCAAGGCUAACGAAGACGCCUUGUCGAGAUGGCAAACAUGCGAAUUGUUAGUCAUCGACGAAGUGUCCAUGCUUAGCAGGGAACUGUUCGAGAAACUCGAGAUGAUAGCAAGAUGCCUAAAGAAAAACUCGAAACCAUUUGGGGGAAUUCAGUUGUUGUUAUCGGGUGAUGUUUACCAGUUGAAACCAGUUAUCCCGCAAAGUAAUGUUGCUAGCGAAGAUGCGUAUUGCUUUGCUAGUCCUAUGUGGACUUCUUGUGUUGAUCUGUCGGUCAUGUUUGAUAAAAACUAUCGUCAACACGAAACUGGCCUGAUAGAUUUGCUCGAUGAUUUCCGUUCGAGCGAAGUCCUGUCAGAACGUUCUCGGCAUUUUAUCGAAAACAACCUAACCCGUCCACUGACUUGCAAUCCUUUGAAAAUCGUCAGAUUAUAUGCUCAUAAAGAGAUUGCAUCACAAGCAAAUGAUGAGUGUCUGGCACUUUUACCAG